ACAGGGUGUUACACCCUGUUCCCGAGUUGCAAUUAACGAGGGAAAUCGAGUGAAAAGGAUGGAUUUGUAGAGAAAGAAGGAUUCAAUGGCGUUCCCGAGUUUAUUUUUUUGACUGAUUUGGGAAGAAAGGAAAGGAAAUCGGAGGUAUCUUUUCUCUCCUAAUCUUCCUCCCAAAUUGGAGAGAUUUGGAGAGAAAGAAUCAUUGACAAGCAAAAAAUCUCGGUGAUUCCCAAAUUGCCCUUGAACCCUAUAUAAUCACGUCAACAGCAAAACACAGAAAAAAAAAUCGCUGCUUCCUUCUUCACGCUCUGUUGGCUGUUCUCUCUUUCAGCAAAACAUCAGGUAAAAAUUUCGAUGGAUAGUGAACUACAAACACCCGCUCAAUUUCUGAGAGUCAGGCAAAGACAAGUAGUUCAUCUGCUUUGCUUGUUGAUGGCCAUUCUGACAUAUCGUGCCCUUGCCAACACAAACCGUCCCAAAUUACCUUCUAGGAAACUUAUUUUAAAACGGCGACGUAUACGUGAACAGUUGCUACACGACCUUUCAAACGGUGGUCAAUGUCGUGAACUUAUCCGUAUGAGUGAGCAGGCUUUUAAGAAAUUGUGAACUAUCUUACAACAAGUUGGUGGUCUUCGAGCUACUCAACGCAUGUCCGUUGAAGAGCAUGUUGCAAGAUUUUUGCACAUUGUCGGCAAUGAUUUUAGAAAUCGAUUUGUCUCUUGGCUAUACUGUCGCUCUAAAUCCACUACAAGUAGGUGCUUCCAUAGAGUUCUCCGAGCAAUUAUAUCACUGGAAAGUUAUUAUAUUCAACAACCAAAAGGCGAUGUUGUACAAAAAGAAAUUCAAGAAAAAAAAACGAUUUUAUCCUUACUUCAAGAAUUGUAUAGGUGCAGUUGACGGGACACAUGUUCGUGUCAAAGUACCUAACAAAGAUGCCCCUAGAUAUCGUGGUCGCAAGGGAUACCCUACGAUAAAUGUCUUAGCUGCUUGUACAUUUGAUUUAAAAUUUACGUACAUUUUAAGUGGUUGGGAGGGUACAGCAUCAGACUUAAGGAUACUAAAGAAUGCACUCAAUAGAGAAGAUAAACUAGUAAUUCCAAAGGGUCGAUACUAUUUGGUAGAUGCUGGUUUGCCCCAUACAACUACACUAAUGGCACCAUAUCGCGGUGUCAGAUAUCAUUUGAAAGAGUAUUCUGCUCGGGCCCCUGAGAAUGCAAAAGAGUUGUUUAAUCUCCGUCAUGCUUCAUUACGUAACGCUAUAGAACGGGCAUUUGGUGUUUUAAAGAGAAGGUUUCCUAUCAUUAGAAGUACACAAGAACCUUUUUAUUCCUGUGAAACACAAUCAGACAUUUUCUUGGCAUGUUGUAUUUUACAUAACUUUUUGUUAGAAGAAGAUCGAGACAAAAAUCUUGAAGAUGAGGUCCUACAAGAAAUGUUAAAUGAACCAUGAGAGGAAAUGUGCCAUAAUAUAAAAGAGACAAAUCAGGGUAAUGCUGCGGCAGAGCAAAUGAGGAACUUAAUUGCAAAUCAAAUGUGGACUGAUUACUUGCCAAAUCGAAACAAUGAGAUCGAUAUGUCAAUGUAGCUACUAGUUUUUAUUAUAACAUUUCAAUUUGAUUUUGUUUGGAUCUUUUGUGUUUGACUUGAUUUUGUAUGAAUCGUUACUGUUUUGACUUUAUUUGUGUUAUUUAUCUUUUGGACAUGUUAUUUACUCAUUAUUUGUACAUCCUCUAAGUAAGUAUUUUUUAUGUUAUCAAUGCUUGGUUUGUUUAUUUAUGAU